CCCUCGAAGUCACGUAGCUCUGCGGCAGCCGCAGCCUUUUUUACCCCCGAGCCCCUGCCCAGUCCGCCCCAGACUCCUGGACCCCGCGCAGGACGCACUAGGCUCCGCGAGAAGCCAUUUGAUUUUCAUCUAGCCAAGAGGAGAGAAGCCCACCACCAUGCCCCAGUUAUACCCUGCCCUGUCACCCGAGCAAAAGAAGGAGCUGUCAGACAUUGCCCUUCGAAUCGUUGCUCCAGGCAAGGGCAUCUUGGCAGCUGAUGAGUCAGUAGGCAGUAUGGCCAAGCGCCUGAGCCAGAUUGGGGUGGAGAACACGGAGGAGAACCGCAGGCAGUAUCGCCAGGUCCUGUUCAGUGCCGAUGCAAGGAUCAAGAAAUGCAUCGGGGGCGUCAUCUUCUUCCAUGAGACCCUCUACCAGAAGGGGGAUGAUGGGGUGCCCUUCAUCCGCACCAUCCAGGACAAGGGCAUUGUUGUGGGCAUCAAGGUUGACAAAGGUGUGGUGGCUUUGGCCGGGACUGAUGGAGAAACCACUACACAAGGGCUGGAUGGGCUUUCUGAACGCUGCGCUCAGUACAAGAAGGAUGGGGCCGACUUUGCCAAAUGGCGCUGCGUGCUGAAGAUCAGUGAUCAUACGCCCUCUCCCCUGGCAAUCCUGGAGAAUGCCAAUGUGCUUGCCCGCUAUGCCAGCAUCUGCCAGCAGAAUGGCAUCGUGCCUAUCGUGGAGCCUGAGAUCUUGCCGGAUGGAGACCAUGAUCUCAAACGCUGCCAGUACGUCACUGAGAAGGUCUUGGCUGCUGUCUACAAGGCCCUGAAUGACCACCACGUGUACCUUGAGGGGACUCUGCUCAAGCCCAACAUGGUGACCCCUGGUCAUUCCUGCCCCUUCAAGUAUACCCCGGAGGAGAUCGCCAUGGCAACUGUCUCUGCCCUGCGUCGCACUGUGCCUCCUGCUGUCCCAGGUGUGACUUUCCUGUCCGGAGGUCAGAGUGAGGAGGAGGCCUCCAUCAAUCUCAAUGCCAUUAACCGCUGCCCGCUCCCCCGGCCUUGGGCGUUGACCUUCUCCUAUGGCCGUGCCCUGCAGGCCUCUGCCCUCAGCGCCUGGCGCGGGCAGAAGGACAACGCGAGUGCCGCCACUGAGGAAUUCAUCAAGCGGGCAGAGGUGAACGGUCUGGCUGCCCAGGGCAAGUAUGAAGGCGGUGGAGAAGAUGCGGGUGCCGCUGGGCAGUCGCUCUACAUUGCUAAUCACGCCUACUGAGGCUGUGGGCCCUGGUCCCUCCUGCCCCCCAGCCCAGGCCCCCCACACUAAGCUUGACCCGUAGCCAAUGCCGUGAACCAAAUAGCUAUGCAGAGCAGGGGGAGAACGCCUCUCCGCCCUCUGCUCUAGCACUCCAGCAUCACACCCUCCAUGUUACCCCUGGGGGCGGGAGGAAGCAGGGAGCCCUGCAGGAUUUGGGUGAGGGGCUGCAAGAUCCAAACGGGAUAUCUGGGUUCCCGCUCCCCCAUGCUAUCUUUGUGUGAUAUCCCCCUACUUGCAACACCUGUGAUUCUCCCACUUCUUCCUGGGUUAUUCCCUCCCAGGGUUAGGGGGUUGGGCCCCAGUUCAUGCUACAUCUUCAUGUGGCCUGUUGUGUAGUGCCUCAAAUAAAUGUUAGUGAAGUCUC